UGUAUACAAAUAAACUAUAAAAACAGCCAGGCAUUAUUUUAGAAAAUCACGUGGAAUGAGAAAAGACAGUAUUGGUUGUUGUGUGGCCGAUAUGAGCGUUCCCUAGAUAGAGCUGAACAGCAUAGUGUAGCACCGUACUGUGGCAAGCUAAACUGCUCUACGUCAGGCGGAGUCAUACCGAUGGCUGACGAACACUGGAUCAUUGUAUAAAUUGGGCUCAGAUGCGAUUGCACGUGCUUCUAACCCUACGGAUAGGUACCAAGGGUGUUUCUGGUGCUAAUUUGUCGUAAGAGCACGAGACAUUAUUGAACGACACCAUGGAAACCACAGAAACUGAUAAUCCCGGAAGUAGUCGUCGGAAACCGGAAGCUGCUGUUGCAGCUAUGGGUGAAAACUUAGCAAAAGGUGUAACAUUUUGUACCAAAUGUUUGAGAAAUCUGAGAAAGUUUCUGAUGACCGUGUAUUCCAUCAUUAAAUCACUGAUUGGACUUAUCAUCAUUCUUAUUAUAUAUACUCUCCUUGGCGCCGCCUUAUUCCAAGCGGUAGAACGACCAUACGAACAGGAACAGAAAAACAGUUUAAUUUCUUACAAGGAACAAGUGUUCAAGGAUAUUAAAGACAGCACAUAUCAAUUAAAUUCAGGGAAGAUAACUCUGUCGAAAUGGGAGAACCAAACACGUGACCUGCUGGAUCAGUACGAAUCAACAGCGAGGAGCAGUGCAUAUGGAUCCAUAUCUGAAGAAAAAUGGAGUUUCUAUGGAGCACUGUUCUUCUGUGGGACAGUGUAUACUACCAUAGGGUACGGGAAUAUCGUUCCUAUGACUGGUAUCGGUAAGAUAUUCGCCAUCAUCUAUGCCAUUACAGGGAUUCCUCUCGCUAUGAUCGUGUUGGCGGAACUUGGCCGGAAGUUCACGAUUGGUCUGAAAGUUUUACUUGUGAUUAUACAGAGGUUUUACCGGCUUCGAGACUAUCGGAAAGUUUUACAACGGAGGUUCCGUCCAAAGGAAAACACCAAAAAUGUGGAAGAAGGGAAUGUUGAUAAUGGACCGAAGGGAGAAUCUGAUCCAGCACAGCCGCCUGAUGACCAAGAGGGAAAAGUGGAUACCGUCGUAAAUGUAUCCCCUAAUGGAAAAACCGAAGUGGUCAACGGAGAAAGCUCGGAUCAGAACUCUCCAAAAAGCAACGACACGGACCUGGAGGCAAAAGAGCAAGAAGGAAACGAAGACACGAAUGUUGAGAGCAAAAAGCACGUUAAUGUUGUGUUUGGGGUUGAGAUCGACGAAGAGUUUAACUUACCCCCAUCUCUCGCUUUAGCAAUUAUGGUGAUCUACCUACUUAUUGGUUGUUUGAUGUAUCCCGCCUGGGAGAACUGGACGUUUCUCGAUUCUUUCUACUUUGUAUUUAUAUCAAUGUCCACUAUAGGAUUCGGUGAUAUUCUGCCCGCUCAUCCUAAAUAUUUUCUUAUCAGUGGAAUCUAUCUUUUCAUUGGCCUAUCGCUCAUCUCCAUGUGUAUAAAUGUUGGCAUCGAAUUCUUCACGAAAACAAUGAAGAAAGCCAAGAAGAGAAUGAACAAGGCCAAAGAUAAGAUGGCUGAGAUGAGCAAGGAGAAAAUGUCAGAGGUCGGAAAACAUAUGGACAAAGCUAAGGAUAAAAUGUCGCAGGUCACUGAUAAGAUGGCGGAGGUCACGGAUAAAAUGGCAGAGGAAGUGAAGAAAAAUGUCGAGAAUGUGCAACGCGAAAUUCAAACGAAAAAAGGAAGCAAAUCUGGUACCCCGGUUCCUUCUCCGACGGAGGAUGUCACAAAGGGGAGUAAGGCUAAUACUCCUGUGCCUUCCCCAAGUCAGGUGAAAAAAAGAAUGCUUUGAACGAUUACAUUACCAAGGGACAUAAUGUCGGAUUAUUGCAGAACCGGCGACGUAGUACACCUUUGAUUGCAUGUGUUGUCGCGUACGUGUUGCAUAUUAUACCAAAUAUCAGUGACGUCUUACACAAGAAGUCAUACACUAUAAAAUGUCCUACUUCGAGCGCCAACUAUUUACUAUAAUCUGGUUGUCCCGUCUUAUAUGAUUACAUAUGCGAAUACACAACAACCAAUCACUGCCGUUCUUCUAAAUGGUGACGCACGCGCAAAUGAUGUCUAGUUGCGGACCAAAGGAAAUUGGUGGUUGAGGCGAAGUCGACUAGGCAUGCGCAUCGUAACUUUUUGUUUCUCUAAACAUGCGUAUUACAUGUAACCAAAGUGAGUUCGCUUCCAUAACAGUUAAAUCUUAGUCACUAUAGUUGGCGCUCGAAGUAGGCCAUUAUAUGGCACAGCAUUGUCUAUGACGUACUAUUGUCUAUAACGUACUAUUGUGUAUGACGUACUACGCAAUAGUAACAUAAAUUAGAUUGCAUAAUUGAGCAAUAUCCGAUAUUGACAAUCGUUGACUCAAGUUCGGUUGGAAACCUGUUGUUGUGAUUAAUUGUAUUAUCAUUUUCUUCAUUUCCAUAUGUAAUAUAGGGUUUUGUCAUCUAACGAGCUAUGGUAUAGGGUAUCCUUUGUCGGUAGACUGAUGGUUCCACAAGCCAUCAGUACCUCUGACGGGAACACUAGGAACUCCGAGCUUACAUCCAAUAUUUAUGAGCUUUGAGGUGUGGCCUAACGUGAGAGAAGUCUAUAGGUUAAUUCCGUAAGCUCAUAAUACGUCACCUCGGAGGGGAACUGAAAGCUUUUAUUUCGUAAUGAUUGAUUUUUAAGACAAAUCUUAAUACUGACGAUAUUUUUGUCCUUAUAUAAAUCUUUAAUGUUUUAUGUUUCUUUUUGAUUAAUUUUUUUUUGAGAUUCGUAAACAAAUAUAACUCUACUAUUUCCUCGGUGCCUUUCUGUGUAAAUGUUAUUCCGAAGUAAACGAUUUUCUGGAAUUAAUGUUUUUUUCCGGAGUAUAUGUUUUCCCGGAGUAAAUGCUUUUCCGGAGUAAAAGGUUUUCCGGAGUAGAUGAUUAUCCGGAGAAUAAAAUGUUUGCAUCCUUACAUAUUCAUACACAUCUAAGGUGUUGUGUGAAACACACCCGAGGGGUUCCGAUUGAUGAACAGGGAGCACCAAGAAUGGCUUUUAUUGAAUACUGUUUCAAUGAAACAGAUUUGAUUGUGGUCCGCUACCACAACCUCGUUGAUUAGUCUCAUCAAUAAGCUUUGUACAAAUUAAAUUCCACCAAUUUUUUUUUUCUCCUUCAAGAUUUUUCAAAUUUAGAUACCUAUCCAUGUUUGUGCUGUAGUUAGAUGUUCUGGUAAUGUUUAUUAGACUUUUUGUGUAUACCGACUGUGAUUUCCCUAGUACACAUGUACACCUGAGCCGGAUUAACAGUGAUCUUGGACUUAUGGCGAUACGGAAGAAUUGAUAGAAUUUCCUUGCAUUGUUUUCUUCAGUAACUAUUGUUAGAUUUGUGCAUGUUAUCGAUCGUUAUUUUUCUUAUAUGCGUAUGUUUAACUUUGUGAUUUACUUGAAAACGUGUGCUGCACGUGAGGUGGAAAGAAUGAUGAAUGCGUCAACCAGGUGAAAAUGUUUUUGAUGACCUCUGUUUUACAUUGUAACAACAUUAUUAUUCCAUUCAAUUCCAUUUUAUGAUCAUGUUUUGUCUCCAGAAUCGUUCCAUAGGAUUCAGAAGCAGGCGUUAUAAAGUGUACAUGUUGAUGUAGGAAGGGGCAUAACUCGUACUGUAACUUCAGUGUCUACACAUCAUCUGUUAUCAGAACAGGAAACACGUUUAGCUGUGUAUAUGUUAUUUUCAAAUAAAAAUAGACAUAUUUACCAUGACAAUAGUCCGUAUCCACUAAACUUUAGAUAAAAAUCACUUCUUCGUCAGUCGAUUUCCUGGAUUUUUACUUAAAACCAGCGAUAUCUUACUACUAAGGAGCAUGAUGUACGCGGUAAAUUGAUAUUCUUACUUUAAAAGUUUUAGCAAUUUCUGAAUAGCGAUCCCUACUUCCUCAUUGUUAUCAUACCCACAUGCUUUAGUUCGAUCAUGGCUUUUUCCAAUACCGAUGCAUAGUCCCGAGGGUACGAGGAAUGUUUCAACGUGGUUAAUAUGAUCUUAAUUGUAAACGUAAAUGUAAAUUUUAUUUAUUUUCCAACAAUUGCGAAACAAUUAAUAAAACUAACACCAAUAUACACACUCUUGUUGGCCUAGGUAGAAACGCGAGGGUCUAAGUGUGUCUUAGCGGCACCCGGAGAAAACCCACUUGGUCGGGCAGGUGAAACCAAACAUUUUCACGUCCGCUCGGGUAAUCGAACCCCAGCCGCCUAGUUGAAAGGCAAGUGCUUUACCUCUGUGCCAACUGACCAUCCUGUCUAUUUUUAGUACUAAUAGUGUUAUGUUCUUCAAUGUAUGCUUCAUGUGAACAUGUAGUAAUAUGUUCAACACGAUCGAAAACCCUUUGGUAUGCUAAGAGGUUUUGUUAGCACUACGUGGUUUCCCAAUUUAAUAACUUGACAUAACUUGCAUGGACUUGAUAACACAUCGCAUUGCACUUUCGCGCAACUGGACGGAAUGUGUCUGAUUGGCUGAAAUUACGCGACGUCACAGAACACUCGCACGAGCGUGCAAUACGAUGUUUUAUUACUGUCGCAGAGUGUUAAAUGGAAAGCACGCUUGUACGGGUUUGAUGUAGACGAUGGACAUCUGAUACAAAACGGAAAACGUAAUAAUAAUGAUUAUUUGAUCUAAAUUAAUGAUGAUGAUUAAUAAUGUAAGUGUCGUCAAGUUUAAGAUGCUUUCUUCACCUGGUAUGUCAACAAGAAUUCUCUUUAAAGAUUUCUUCUGCUCAUGUUUAAACUUCGUUUCCUUGAUUUUGAGUGAGACUUAUGGGAGACAAAUACAUAGUGUUCUUGACAUAACAGUGCCAGAGAUUGAGAAAAAUAUAUCGGGGAAUGCAUAUUAAAGCGAAAAAUCUACAGUCAUACUUCCGGUUUGUACUUGAUGUAAACGUACAAUGGUACGUGAGUGCAGUAAUAUAAUGUUCGGAAAAGUCCGUCGUUUUACAACUAGCUGUAAACCAUGCAUACUUCAGUGUGAGGAUUACUUUUAGAAGUUUCAGAUAAAAAAAGAAAAGAAAAAAAGGUGAACGUCAACUCGAUUAAUUAUCAUUCACAAUUAUUUGGUGAAAUUCGAACAUGUGUAAGUCAACAUUCCUUAUGAUCAAACCUAGUUUGUUAUUAUUGUUUUUUUUUUUAAAUCUUGGUGUAUUUGAAAACAAAGUUAUUAAAUAUUUUAUCUGGCGACAAAGCCAUCAACUUACAGUGUAUCGCGCAAAAUGUUGUGUGGUUUGAGAAUCAGAGUAUAGACAUGUGUUCAGCUCAACCCGCUGAUUUGAUUUUGAUUGCUUGACAUAUUGCAUUUAACAAACCUCGAAACCGAAUUCAAUUCAACAUGUUCUCGUGCUUGGCUGCAUUAGGCAGAGAUUUCCUCAUAUUCUAUUAGAUUUCUUUAACUUUACAUUCCAGUUGAUACUUAUAACCCUACAUUAAUAAUGUCAAGUUUUGAUUUCGUAAUUGAUGGUAUUUAGACCGCCCGCUGCUUGGAUUUUCACGCAUGAAUAUGUUUGUUAUUCCAUAUAAAACCAUGUUAUUGCUUUCCAAAAUGCUAAUGUUUAUUUAGAAAUGUAGAAGGAGAGGGUUCUGCAGGAUAAGUGAUUCUAAAGUUACUCGUGUAUAAAUCCAACUAUUGUAAUUGAAAUAAAAAUGUUUGUACACCUAACCGCUGGUUUUCUUUAAGACACUGCCCGCGAUAUUUUGACACGUUUUAACUAAAUUUCAUUGGUCUCAAUUUCCACACAGAUAACUUGUUCGCUGACAAAGGCCUAUCAUGCUGCUUAGGAGGUUAAUUCUACCCAAACACGAUAUGUAAUUGUGUAUUUAGAUACACUACAGUGUAACCAGGUAGAUCACUACAUGCUAUAAAGCACCCCAAGUUUACUUUUACUGUACAUCCUUGAUGGGAAUUCCGACAUGAACUGUUUUCAUUGUGUCCUCCUGGUUUGUGUUAUUUUAUCAUUAAAUCUAUUAUCAUUAUUGUUCCAGUGAAGAAUGUUUUCGUAUUAAAAUAUGAAUUUUA